AUGUAUUCAAACGGUACAGCUGGUUCUAUAUCAAUACAAUAUCAAAAUGCCAAUCCAUUAUUAUAUACACUCCCGCAAGACCACAUGACUAUUCAGCCAUAUUGGAUAAUGGUUUUGCAACUUAUAGGAAUGCAACUAUUUCUACGUUUAUGGAACUUAUUUCGAUACCACGUAUUCUUAACAACAACAGAAAUUGCUUUUAUUCGUUGGGUAUUAUCGUUUCAUAAGGAGACACUUAGAAGAACGUCUCUUGAGGUAUUACGUACUGCAGAGAAGAUUGAAAGAGAUCAUCGGGGAACACUAUUUUCGUUGAUAUUUCGCGGACUUGAACAAUCAGAAAAGUCACAAGAGUUACGUGAUCGACUGAGAGGAAAGGUAGAUUUUGAUGUUUUUGACUUUGUGUUUCAAUGUCUUCCAUUAUGUGGACAUGGUAUAUGGUAUUGUCAUAUUCAAUCAUCGUGUAUGUCAGCUGAAUAUGCAACUACAUGGAAUUGUUAUAAUGCAUUUGGCUACAGAAUAUACAAUUAUAUAUUUGUAUCAUAUGCUGGUUUUUUUACUGUUUUUAUUAUUAAAUUAAUAGCACUAUUAGAAAAUAGGAAAACAUGGAUACCAGCAACAAAUUGGCAAUGGUUUGCGUUCCAUCUUGGUUUGUUCUCAUCUAUAAUUACAUUUGUUUUUAUUGGUGCCUUAAUUUUGCCUUAUUUAUUAACACAUGUUCUGCCAAUGGUGUUUGCCUAUAUCCAUUUUAGUAUUGUCUAUUUUGCUCUUCUUUCGACUAUAUUUAUUUCUACAGGAGUAUUAUUCCAAAAUUUUCCAGAAUCGGAGAAUGUAAUUGUUCUGCUACCUAAGUAUUUUCCGGGAGCAUACCGUCCAAUUGCAGGUUUCUCGUAUAUUAUUGCAUUCGGCCUUGCUACAUAUCCAAUAUUACUUUCAACAUUAUAUAAUUAUUCUCAAUAUUUAUAUUAUAGUGAAAAUUAUAUUUAUACAAUGUCAAAUGAAUUUAAUACACGAGAUACUUCAACAUAUAUUGGAGUCUUUCAAAAUUCAGUUAACCAAAGACUUCAUACUUUUUUAGAUUUUGUAUAA